AUGGCCCCUACGUCACCUCUACAAGAACUCUUCCGUCUCUAUCCAGACGCUAUUGAUGAUUCUUAUGCUGCUGCUUAUUGUCUUCUAGUCGUGACACCAUUGACAUUACUGGCUUCAAAUCUUCUACUAUAUCGAGGAAAAAAGACCACUCCUUUGGAGGUUUAUCUUGUAUCAUUGACGGUACCAGCACUCGCAGUGUGGCUGCCUAUGUGGUAUUGGCCUGAAGAGAAAAACGUGUACCAAGUAUUGUCGAUGACUCGUCUAGAGACGCAGUAUCAGUGGGCUCAGAAGUAUGCUUUUUUCCGGAAACAUUUUCAAAGUGGAACCAUGUCCUUAGAAGCCUGGAAUACAAUCGACUCGGCUUAUGAUAACAUUUGCAACGAACAAGCGCACUAUUUGUAUGAUUUUUGGGGACCCGGUGCGGAAAUGUCAAUUUACGAAACGCAAGCGAAUGUCGGACUUUUUUACCUACUUUGGUUUGGCAUCAUCUAUGCUGUCACAACAUUCAAGACAACACAAGCUGCAAGCAAGAUUUCGUUUGUUGGACUCAUGGCUCUUAUGUUUGUUGAGAUUGCAGUCCGGCUAACCCGCUACGAUCCAGUGAUUAAGGAAUUGUCGCCGUUUACAACACCGCGCGAGUUUCUGUUGUGGGGCCACCGGUUUUUUCCGAUUGUUGUUUUUGCGGCCGUUUCGAUUAACAAGGUGUUCUUCAUUAAUAUUGAAUAUCAUCGUCGGCGCGCGCUCGUUUACAUGUUGGAAAAGAAUAUGGAAACGAUGGAAGAACUUCAAAUUCUGAAUGAGGCAUUGAAACCCAAAGCUGAAGUUGACGAAACUUUGCGAAAAAAGAAGACGUAA